GCCACGCCCGCUUCUAAGCGGCGCCUUCAAGCCGUCGUCCGCCAUGGCUAGGUUCUUUUCGGAUCGUCUGAUCGACAGGGCCUGCCGGUUCGGCAAGCGAUAAGGCUGUCCUAGCGCCGCAUUUUCCUCGGCCUCAAUGCGGGUUUGCCUCUCCCGAAGGCCCAGUUUUCCCGCCAGGCCCCGGUCCACUGCUCUCGUUAUUCUCUCCGUGUCGCGCGGUGGAUACGCAGGCAUCCGCCGCAGACUCGGACCCGAUUAGGUCUCCAACGUCAUCGGACGGCCUCGACUGACACGCCGCCGCCUCAACAACCGGGCCCUGGUCAGCUAUGUCCGUCCCUGAGGAGCCACGUGCUGUCCGCGCCGGCGAAUAUAAGUGAAAAGCUGCCCCGGAUCUUUGCACGAUAGCUGGCUGGAUACCUUCCCCAUCAGAUACCCCAGGAAUUCCGAACAACAUGCCUGCCAAAGCGUCGAGACAUAACAAUACGGGCAGCAAUGUCGCCCACCUCGAGGGCGAGACCCCGGUCGACUCGUCCAACAACUCAACCCACAAGAAGUUCAACACCAAGCGCGGAUGCAUCUGCGGUGGCAAGUACCUGGAGGCCCUGAACGCCGACGCCGGCAACGCCAGCACCCGCGGCGAGCUUGUCUCCCUCGAGAUCGACAUGCCCCUCACCUACACCAAGACGGCCGAGGACCACGGCGAGGAGGUCAUCCUGUUGGAAUUUGCUCCUGGUGACAAGGAGAACCCCUUCAACUGGUCAUCCUUCCGCAAGGCCUACUCGACCGCUCUUCUGUGCCUGAUGACCUUGACCAUCGGUCUGGCGACGACGGCCUACUCUUCCGGUAUCGGCAGCAUGUGCAAGGAUUUUGGCGUCGAGAAGGAGAUUGGCCAGCUUGGUCUCUUCCUCUUCAACAUCACUUGCGCCUUGGCUCCUCUGUUCCUUGCGCCUUUCUGCGAGUUGGUCGGUCGUAAGCUCGUCUACGUCGGUGCCUACUGCUGCUUCACCUUGACUUUCAUUGGUCUGUCUCUCGGCAAGAACAUCGGCACCAUCCUGGUCCUUCGUGCGCUGCUCGGUCUCUUCGGAUGUGUUGGUACGAUUCUCGUCGGUGGUACCUUCUCCGACAUGUACAUUCCCGACAAGCGUUCCGGCCCGAUGGCCCUCUUCUCGUACAUUGCCAUUCUCGGUACGGUCGGCGCACCCAUCUACGCUGGUUUCAUCGACAUGACCAUCGGCUGGAGGUGGAUUGAGGGUAUUCAGGGUCUUUCCUGCGUUCCUCUCUUGAUCGUUAUCCUCCUCACCUUCAAGGAGACCCGUGGUGGUGUGACGCUCAAGAAGCGCGCCAAGGCCAUCCGCGCUGCCACCAACAACGAGAUGUACAAGUCCAAGAUGGACCUUGAGGCCCGCAACAUCAAGCAGAUGCUUCACAACUCCUCAGUCAAGGCCAUCCACAUGCUGGCUACCGAGCCCGUCGUCUUCGCUUUCGGUCUCUGGAUCUCUUUCGCUUGGUUCCUGGCCUUCCUUUUCUUGUCGGUCAUUCCUAUCACUUUCACCGAGAAGCACGGCUGGAACGAGGGUGUCUCUGGUCUUCCCUACAUCGCUCUCUGCAUCGGUGUCACCCUGGGCUACGGCCUCAACUACUUCCAGAUCAGGAAGUACAACCAGCUGAUGAAGGAGCGCAAUGGCAACGUCGCGCCCGAGGCUCGUCUGUACGGUGCUCUUUUCGGCGCCAUCUGGCUCCCCAUCGGUCUCUUCAUCUACUCUUUCACCCAGUACGGUUACCUCACCUGGGUUGGCCCCGUCAUCGCCCUGGCCCUGAUCGCCUUCGGUAUAUUCUUCAUCUUCGAGUCUUGCUACUCCUUCACUGCCGACUGCUACGGCGAGAACAGCUCCUCUGCCAUCGCCGGCCAAGGUCUCAUGCGUAACACGCUCGGUGCCAUUUCGCCUCUGUUCGCCAACCAGUUCUUCCACAACAUGGGCUCGCAGUGGGCCGGUCUGUUGCUGGCUCUCGUUGCCGUCCUCCUGACGACGCUCCCCUUCGUCAUGUACAAGUUCGGACCCGCGCUCCGCGCUCGCUCCAAGCUUGCCGAGGUCAUGCAGGCCGAGGUCGAGGACAGCGACAUCGAGGGCGAGAAGACCAACAACGCCAUCGACGGCCAGCCCGGCGGAACGCUGAUGGACCCCCAGCGCGUCUAAAUGCGCUUAAUACCCCCUAAGCAAAUUUUUUGCAAAAAAGUCGAUUGGACGGCGGCGUUUGUCGUUUUUCUAUCGCGGGUACGGAGUAUUUUCUACCCUUCUACGAUCUUCUGGAUUUUUUAAUGUUGUGGUGGGGCAUUUGCUGAGGGCUGGAUGGACGGCCGAAACUUUAAUGAUCAUGUGUUGUAUGUAACGAUUAGCCUCGCCUCGCACAGGGCGAGAGAAAGUAUGCAAGAAUAUCUUGUCAACUCAUUU